AGCGGCGCUUCGGACGACGACCAGUCAAUCCGUAAGUGCUCAGCGAUCGAACAGAACGCGCGCACGCUCGGAGCGAAGCAUACACGAUACGAUCGCUUUUUGCGCGAGAGAAACAUCAACGAAGAACUCAAGUUAAGGUUGUAAUCAGAACAGUUAAAGGACAACAAAAUGGGUGACGGCAAAGUAGAAGAUAACCCCAAAAUACUUUCGGGGCCGGUGCUGACAAACUCGCCGAACGCGGUGCUCUCCAAGACCCUGCUGAACCGGUACAAGGACCUGCCGCUGCCGGCCGACAAGAUCCUCGCCACCUACAUCUGGAUCGACGGCACGGGCGAGCACUUGCGGUGUAAGGACCGCACCUUGAACUUCAUACCGAAAGUACCUAAAGAUUUGCCCGUUUGGAACUUCGAUGGCAGCUCCACGGGGCAGUCGGACGGGCACAACUCCGACACAUUCCUGGUGCCGCGCGCGCUCUACAAGGACCCCUUCCGCCGCGGCAACCACGUGCUCGUCAUGUGCGACACCUUCAAGUACAACAUGGAGCCCACGGAGACCAACCACCGCGUCAAGUGCCAGGAGGCCGCGGACAAAUGCAAGGACGAGGAGCCCUGGUUCGGCAUCGAGCAGGAGUACAUCCUCCUCGACGCGGACCUCAGGCCCUUCGGCUGGCCCCCCGGCGGCUGCCCGCCGCCCCAGGGCCCCUACUACUGCGGAGUUGGCGCCAACAAAGUAUUCGCUAGAGAUCUCGUCGAUUCACAUUACCGAUGCUGCUUGUAUGCCGGCUUACCCAUCUCUGGCACGAACGCGGAGGUGAUGCCGUCGCAGUGGGAGUUCCAGGUGGGCCCGUCGGUGGGCGUGAGCGCGGCCGACGACCUGUGGGUGGCGCGCUACAUCCUGCACCGGCUUGCCGAGGAGUACGGCGUCAUCGUCACCUUCGACCCCAAGCCUGUGCAAGACUGGAACGGCUCUGGAGCACACACCAACUUCUCUACUAAAAAGAUGAGAGAAGAGAACGGCAUUAUCGAAAUCGAGAAGGCGAUAGACAAGCUGUCCAAAGUACACAUGAAGCACAUCAAGGUGUACGACCCCCGCGGAGGAAAGGACAACGAGAGAAGGUUGACAGGCCUCCACGAAACCGCCAGUAUUAACGACUUCAGCGCAGGCGUAGCCAGCCGCGGCAGCAGCAUCCGGAUACCGCGCCAGGUGGCGGAGGAGAAGAAGGGCUACCUGGAGGACCGGCGGCCAGCGUCCAACUGCGACCCCUACUCCGUCGUGGACGCGCUCAUGCGCACCUGCAUCCUCAACGAAUAACAGCGGGGCUCGCCCGCCCGUCGCCACCGCACUCCAACCCAACACUUCAUGUGCCUACAGCCUCACCGGUAAAACCGAAGCGGUCUAACAUAACCGUGGGGAUAAGGUCGACCAACCUCGGCAUAUAUUAUUGUCUCAUUCUACUAUUGUGAGCGGCCACAUGUAUUUAACUCAGUAUUUAAUGCCUUUUACACAUAAGCAGAAUUUACGCGUAGGUAUUAGGACCUGUUAGUUCUUUUACAUUUUGAAAUUUUUGCUAAUAUUGAAUACUGCCGGUUUUGAUACAUUUUGAGAAUUAUGCUGUUGUGAAAUUGAUUGUAAUGAUAAUUCACUGAAUGUUAUUAAUUAAAACACUUGUGGCCAUUAACAUAGGGAGAGAGUGAGAUAUCGUUUUAAUGUCAUAAUCACAGAGUUCUGGACAUGGCGGUGGAGAGAUAUAGUGGUAUAGCGUUAUAUGGACCACAUUUUAUUGAAAGAUAUUAUACAUUUUAUUAAAUAAAAUAUUUUACGAAUAUUAUGUGAUAUUUCACAUUUAUUGUUAUUUUGAUGUUUAAUAGUUUAAUUAUAUAUACAAAUAAUCACAUAUCAUUAUUUCUAACAUAUUCAUUUACGAGUUUAGUGUAAUGCAAGCUAACAGGCAGUCUCGAAUGGCAGCGUCGCCUGCCGGCUGCAGGUACUCUGUGGAUAGCUUACGUCAACCGUUUUGUAUCGAGUGCCAUGUGCCACCCAUUGUACACAUUUUAAUUUAGUUAUCUCACUUAUCAACCUUGAGUACUGCUUAUCUCAUCUAUAUAUAAAUAAUAUCUAAACAUAAAAUAUAGCUAACGUAAUUUUGCACAAGCGAAGCGUAUUAUGCCUUUGCAAUAAUAUGAGUCUUGAAUCCACACUCACGGACAAAUAUACAAUUUUAUACAAAGUGAUUCCUAAUAUUAAAAUUAUAUAAUAGGUAGACACCAAUAAUGAAAUAAGUGUAGAUCAUGAAUAGUACAUAUUUACUUAUGAGAGCACAAAAUGGAUUCUUGUGAUAAAUUAAGCGGUUUAGAAUUAUUAGUUUUAAUUUUUAAUAGUAAAAUAUAUUAUUAAUUAAUUUUAUUACAGCAUGCGCCUAUUGGAAUAUUUUAUAUAGCAUGAAACGAGUAAACUCACGAAAUAUAUUUAGAGUUAUGAAUAUUUCAAUACGUUAUAAUUCAUUUACAUUAUGAAUGAGGUAGGCAUUAAAAAUAAAUUAUACUUUGUUGUAUAA